UUAGGUGGUUUUUUUUUAGGUUAGGACUACCGUGCUUGAAAACGUGUCGCCGUGUCUGUGCCUCAAAUCUUCACUUUAUUAAGCGAGCCACCCAUUCUUUGAGGAAUUGGACUGCAGUCUCGUCGAAUCGUUGUUGCCCACCAAUUCCGGCAAGAUGUCUCUGGUAAUCCCCGAAAAGUUCCAGCACAUCCUGCGUAUUAUGGGAACAAAUAUCGAUGGCAAGAUAAAAGUCAUGUUCGCUAUGACUGCCAUCAAGGGUGUUGGACGUCGCUAUGCAAACAUUGUUCUGAAGAAGGCUGAUGUUGACUUAAACAAGCGGGCAGGAGAGUGCUCUGAGGAAGAGGUGGAGAAGAUUGUGACAAUUAUGUCAAACCCCCGGCAAUACAAGAUCCCUGACUGGUUCUUGAACAGGCAAAAGGACAUUGUUGAUGGCAAAUAUAACCAACUUACCUCCUCGAACCUUGAUUCAAAACUUCGUGAUGAUCUUGAAAGGCUCAAGAAGAUCAGGGCCCACAGAGGAAUGCGUCACUACUGGGGCCUCCGUGUGCGUGGUCAACACACCAAGACUACUGGUCGUAGAGGAAGAACUGUGGGAGUGUCUAAGAAGAAGUAGGAGCCUUUUGCUGUAAUAAAGAUGCGCAUUUCUUUA